GGGUGUUUGGGUGGGAUGGGACAGCCAUGUAAUAUUUGAUGACAAGAUGUGAGGCUUCUAAAGGGAGAAGAUUUGGAAUAUCAGUUGGAUUUUCAGCAUAGUGUGGAGGCUAGAAACUGAUCCGUAUGAUUACUUCAAAAGGUGAAUGCAAAAUGGGUGAUGGUGGCCAACGUGAAAAUGGAAGACAAAAAUCGGAUCAAUACAAAGCAGUUCACUCACAGUGGAUGAUUCCCCAACAUCAGAUGAUGGCCAUUGUGGCUGAGAGGGAUGCUGCAAUCCAAGAAAGGAAUUUGGCCAUUGCUGAAAGAAAGGUAGCUGUGGCCGCACGAGACAUGGCUAUCUUGCAGAGAGAUGCAGCGAUUGCAGAGCGGAACAGUGCCAUAAUGGAAAGGGAUAAUGCCUUGUCUGCUCUUGAAUAUCGGGAAAAUGUCAUGAAUGGUAGUGGUGCACCAUGUUCACCAGGAUGCAGUGGUCAGCGUGGGAGAAAACACAUGCGCCAUCACCAUCACCAUCAACCUCACUUGGCAGAAUCUCCUUACCAUGCAAGGCAGAAUCACGUAGCUGAAGCCAUACCUGUAUCAGAAACCGCUGCUUCUGAGGAUGUCAAGCCACUGCGUGCCAAGCGAAUGCGGAAGGAAAUCAAGACUGUGUUAUUGAAAGAGUCAUCAAAGUCACCGAGGAAGGGUAUUAAGAAGGGUGAAGACUUGAACAAGGUCACUAUUGCCAAGACACAUGAAUGGAGGAAUGGUCAUGAUAUUGGUGGUGGAGUUGAGGAUCGGAAGAAACAGAUUGUAUUGUUAAAGCCUGAUUGGAAGGGUCAUGACCUGGGAUUGAACCAGGUCACAUUCGACGACUCAACCAUGCCAGUGCCAGUUUGCUCAUGCACUGGAGUCCUCCAGCAGUGCUACAAAUGGGGGAAUGGUGGUUGGCAGUCUGCCUGCUGCACAACUACCUUGUCUAUGUAUCCACUUCCUGCAUUACCUAACAGGCGCCAUGCCCGCGUUGGUGGACGUAAGAUGACCGGGAGUGUCUUUACAAAAUUGCUUAGCCGCUUGGCUUCGGAGGGCCAUGACUUGUCUACACCCCUUGAUCUCAAGCACCAUUGGGCCAAACAUGGGACAAAUCGCUACAUUACCAUCAAGUAGCUUACAAGUUAAAUGUGCAUAUUUGACAGAGAUUGAACAUGAUGGCAGGAGAUGUGUUUGUAAUCUUUUGGGUUAUAUCUAUUCUGCUUGA